CUGCUGGAACAGCGAGCACGGAAGUCUUGGCCCUGGGCGACUGGAUGUUGGGACUGUAAAAACACAUAUUUCACCGACGGAUCUUCGACGUCUUUUGCCCGGCUGUUAGCCACGUCGGCGGGACAAGAUGUUUAAAAAACUGAAGCAGAAGAUAAACGAGGAGCAGUCGCCUCAAAGGAAUGCGCAGUCAGCCCAGCAGGCCCAGGUGGGCGGAGGAGAACGGCGCAGCAGCCAGACCCCUCCUUUUCAUCAGGAUGGUAUGCCCUCACCCAGUGACAGAGAGAUGCUGGCUGGGAUGAUAGCAGAGCCCGCUUUUCUCUCUGAGUAUACUAUCUUUGCUCUGGACCAUUCAAAACGACCCAAAACGGCUCAGGUAGCCAGUGUGAGCACCUCCAAAGGACCUGCGAGGUCUCCCAGAGGCAGCAUCAAUGGGGACGGUACCUCUUCUCCUCAAAGAGAGGAGUCCCAGUCGUUCACUCAGAAACUUCAGCUGAAAGUUCCCUCCAUGGAGUCGCUGAUUCGCAGUGGAGCGAGUCGGGCGGAGACCCUCUUCCGCUCCUCCUCAAAGGAAAACCUGGUCCGAAGUGCUUCCCGUGAGUCGCUGACGCCUUUGGGAGAGAACGAGUCUCCCGCGGCUCCGGCGUACGACCCGCCGUCUGAUAUCGAGAGCGAAGCCGAGGAGCAACCAGGAAGUGCGGAGUCGCUUUCUAAAGAGCAGCUGCUGCACCGACUGCUUCAAGUGGAGAGGAGUCUGGGGAAGUACAGGGGGAAGUACUCCGAGCUGGUUACCGCGUAUCGAACAGUACAACGAGAAAAAGAGAAAACGCAGGCCAUCCUCAGUCAAAGUCAAGAUAAAUCUCUUCGCAGGAUCGGAGAGCUCCGUGAGGAGCUUCAAAUGGACCAACAAGCCAAGAAACAUCUUCAGGAUGAGUUUGAUGCAGCCCUGGAGGAGAAGGACCAGAUGAUCACUGUUCUCCAAACACAGGUGGCUCUGUUAAAGAAGCGAGUCAAAGGGGUCUCUGAUGGUUCGCUCCUCCCGGAGGGUGAAGUUCCUCAGUCUGAGGUGGCUCAAGAAUCUUUGUCUGCUGUCCAGAGUCCAAUUAAAGAGCAAGGACUGGAACCUGAAGGCACAGAAGCAGAGGGCAACAGUGAUCCAGCCAAACUAAUAGAGGGUCUGCAGAAGAGGGUGAAAAGGCAAGAGAACCUGCUGCUGAAGUGCAAAGAAAUGAUGCGGACCCACAAGGAGCAGAGCGCACAGCUGAGCAGUGAGAACGAAACUCUGCAGGAGCAGCUGCAGGAGAGACUGCAGGAGCUGGAGAAGAUGAAGGAGCUGCACACAACAGAAAAGACUAAGUUGAUCACUCAGCUGCGGGACGCCAAGAAUCUUAUUGAACAACUGGAGCAGGAUAAGGGAAUGGUCAUUGCUGAGACAAAGCGGCAGAUGCACGAGACYUUGGAAAUGAAAGAGGAGGAGAUCGCACAGCUGCGCUCCAGGCUCCAGCUGGUUACCACUCGGAAAGAAGAACUGCAGGAGCUGAAAGAAAAGGCUGAGAAAUCAGCUUUUGAGGAGCUGGAGCGGGCUCUGGGUGUAGCUCAGAAAGCAGAGGAGGCCAGGAAACAGCUGCAGGUUCAGCUGGAGGAGCAAGUGAAAGAAGUUGAAAGGGCCGGUGAAGAGGAGAGGAAGAGUCUUCAGCAGGAGCUCACACGUGUCAAACAGGAAGUUGUCACCAUCAUGAAGAAAUCAUCAGAGGAAACUGUGGCCAAUUUGGAAAAGACUCACAGUGAAGAAUUAGCUGCUAAAGAAAAGGAGUUAAAAGACAAAAUCAGCAAAGCAGUGGAGCAAUGCAAAGAGGAGUUUGCGCAGAUUUCGAAGGAGCGAGAGCAACAAGCGACUCUCGCUCUGGAGGAUGCAGAGCUGCAGAAGACGGCUGUAAGAACAGAAGCUGAUAAUAAGAUUAAAGAGAUGCAGCUGGAGCUGGAGACCGCAAAGACUAGGAUUUUGGAGCUGGAGAGCUCUGUGGACAAGAUCUCACCAGGUGAAUCCAGUCCCUCUGAUGAACUGUCCUCUCAGCUGGACGAGCUAAAGAAUCAACACAAAGAGCAAAUCGCUACAUUAGAACAAAAACAUCAGGAGCAGCUGGAAAAGCACAAGAACACUCUGACCCAGGAGCAUAACUCUGCCGUCGAGGAACUCGAGACAAAACACAAAGUUGAACUGGAGAACCUUCUGAAAGAGAGAGAGCUGCAAUUCCAGACUCACGUCGAAGACAUGAACCAGAAGACUUUGGAGAAACUGGAUGCGAAGCAGGCAGAACUGGAGGCACUUUUGUCCGAACUUUCGGAGGUUCUGAAUAACAAACGGCUUCUGGAGGAGAAGCUGGCGGCGGCCGAGGAGACGACCAGGAAUGCUCGAGAGGAAUACGAAAGAAAGGUUCAAGAUCAGAUGUCGAAGCACAGCGUUGAGCUUGAAAAUGUCAAACACGACCACGAAAAGUCACUUGGCGGGGUGGAAAAAACUCUGAAGCAGGAGCUCAAUGCACUAAAAAUUGUACUGAAGGAGAAGGAAAAAGAGAUUGAACAACUUCUCCUUAAAGAAAAAACACUACAAGAGGAAUCAAAUUCCACUGCAAAAAACUUACAAAUCAAGGUGAAGGAAUUGGAAGAUCUACAACAGAGUUUGUUACGUGCCCAGCAAGAAAACGAGAGCCUCAAAACAUCUAAUGCAGAGUCUAGUAAGGUCUCAGAGGUUCUGGAUCAGUGCAGGAGAGAGCUGACGGAUUUGAAGCAGCAGCUGGAUGUAGCAAACAAUGAUUGUCAACAAAAAGAGAAGUCGCUACGAGAAGUAGAACAAGAGUUACAGGAAACCAAAAAGGAGCUGUCUGAGAAGGAGAAGACACUUACAGAGGAGCUGGACAGAAACUUGGAGGAGCAAAAGCGUCUCAAGAAACAGCUGGAUGAUAAUAAGGCCGACUACGAGAAGAAGUUGAAAAACACUACGGCUGAGAUGGAAGCCAGGCUGAAAACCCAGGAAACAAAAAUGGAGAAGUUCAAGCAGAAGGCCAAAGAAAUGCAGGAGAACUUUAAGAAAAAGCUCCAGAAGAACGAAGAGAACGCAAAGAAGGAGCUCGCCAAGAAGGAGCUGGAGCUUCAACAGAAGGAGCAGCAAGUUCAGGAGAAAAUCUUAGAAAUGGCUCAGAAGAGUUCCCAGGACCUCAGCGCCGUGUCGGAGCUGCAGGCCAACCACAAGGAAGAGCUGGAGAAGCUGCGCYCCGCUCAGAAGCACGAGGCCGAGGAGCUGGCGCGUCGCUGGCAGGAGAAGCUGGCUCAGCAGGAGGAAGAGCUGACGGAGAAACAUUCCCUCGCGCUACAGGAGAGGAGUCAGGAGCUGGAGGAAGCGUCGCUGCAGCUGAACAGCAGCAGAGAGGAGAACGAACAAGCACGGCGGGAAUUAAAACACAUCCAGGAGGAAUUGGCAAUCCGCGAAACCACCGUGCAGAAGCUGCAGGAAGAGCUCAACGAAGCAGCGGUCAAGCUCGAAACUUCAUCUCGGGGUGAAGCGUUGCUCAAAGAGCAGGUGGAGUCGGCAGAGAGAAACCUCAACCAGGCGCUGAACGAGAGAAACGCUCUCCAGGACGAGCUGAAAACAUCAGAGGAAAGAAGCAGCGAGAGCAUAAAUACUUUGUCAGAUAAGUUGAAGGAAACAGAAAACCAGCUCGAAGCGUUGAAAAGUUCCAGGCUUCGGGAAACCGAGGCCUUGGAGAGCAAGUUUAAGGAAACUUCCAUUCAGCAACAAGCCAAGGAAGAGGCGUUCCAGCAGCAAUUACAUACCAUCAUCAGCAGAACGGACCAUUACUGUCAGGAGGUUCGGUAUGAAUUAGAGCGCACUUCUGACGACUUCCAGCAGCGGGUAGAAUGUCGAAUGAAAGAGCUGAACGAUAGGCUACAGUGUAGUCAGGAGAACGUCGGGCGUCUCAGAGACAUUUUCCCUACUAAAGUAGGCCGAGUUUGCACUUUGGAGGAGACUCUUCGCCAGCACACCGAGGAGAACAAGAAUCUAUGCAUUUCAUUAGAACAGAUGACCGCUCAGGUAAACGCUCACGUGGAGCACAUCGAAGCCUUAAAACUCGAGAAGGAGAGUCUUUCUCGGCACAUCGACGAACACGGUCGGAAAACGGCGGAGCUGGGCGCAGCUUUGGAAACAAACGAGCUGCGCGCGGUCGACUUGGAGAGCACGGUCGCAGACUUGAAAACCCAGCUAGAGUGUAGCGUAAAAGACAAGGAGGAAGCCAUAAAUCAGCUGAAGCAGCAGCAGGAGGAGGAAAGACAACGGAUGAAAGAGAGCGUUGAGAGAUUAGAGCAGGAAAAGAAGAGCAGUUCAGAGUCUAUUAAGUCUCUGCGGGCGAGGCUGGAGGAGCUGCAGGAGGAGAUCUCGGAGAAGAACGAAGCCCUGCAGAGGUUGUCUGCAAGCGUCGACAAUCAGUCCAUCAGCAAGUCCGAGAUGGACCAGGUGUUGAGUGAAAAAGAGCAGAAGGUCAGCGACCUCACUCAGGAGCUCCACGGCUGCGUGGGUCGAGUGGGCGAGCUCCAGGAGCAGUUGGCCUUAAAGACGAGAGAGUGCGAGCAGCUCGCCUCCGACCUCGAGCAGCAACGGGACGUCAGGGAGAGCGAGAAGAGGGAGCUGGUGGAGCAGCUCCGGCAGUGCGCUCAGAACGGCAGUUUGGAGCAGGAGAUGGCGGAGAAGCUGCGCUCGCUCCAGGAAGAAAACCAAAAGUGCAAACACGCGCUGGAGAGUCAGCAGGAGGAAUUUGAGCGGGCGAAGGGUGAGAUCAUCAGGAGGAAGGAGGAGAGCCUGAAGGAAACCGAGGAGAGGUUAUCAGCGGAGAGCGCUCGGAAAGUGUCCGAGCUGAAGAAGAAGGCUGAGCAGAAGAUUGGUCAGAUUAAAAAACAGCUGACCGCACAGCUGGAGGAGAAAGAGCAGACGGUUAAGGCUCUUCAGAACGACGAAGCUUCGGCCAAAAACCAAAUGGAAGCAUUGGAAGAGAAAACACGAACUCUCGAAGAGGCUCUCAUCACGGUCAAAGAGGAGCAGGAGAAAAAACUCCAAGAGAUUCUGAGUAACGAGAAGCUUGAGAAAGAGACGUCUUUAGAGGAGCUGAGGGUCAAGCUUCACAGAGAGCAACAGGAAGAGCUGCUCCAAGUCCAGGCAAAGCUAAAAGAAGCAGAGGAGCAGAUCGAAAAGCUCCUCGCAGAAAUUAAUAAUCUGAAAGAGGAAAUCCAAGAGAAGGACGUCCGGAUCGCUCAGCAUCAGGCGGAGGCCGCCCAGAGCURGCCACACGCCGAGGUGAAGGUGGAACGUAGCAGCUUGCAGCAAACCACAAGUGUGAUGGUAAACCACUCUCCAACGCAGGAGGAGGAGGAGAAGUCUUUGCAAARGCUCAAAGGUCAACUCAGCCAGAUGAAAAACGAAAAGGAGAAAAUCCAGAAGGACUUCACGAGUUUACAGAAAGACAUGCGCUCGCUCAGGAAGGAGCACGAGCACGACCUGGAGUGCAUCAAGAAAGAGCUGCUGGAGGAGAGCGAGAAAAGGAUGAAGCUGGAGCUGGAAGAUGCAGCAAUGAAGCACAACUCUACUAUAAAGCAGUUAAUGAGGGAGUUCAACACACAGAUGGCUCUGAAGGAGCAGGAGCUCGAGACAUCCGUGAAGGAGACCAUUGCCAAAGCCCAGGCUGUUGAAACGGAGCUCAUCCACUGUCAUCGUGACGAAGCCAGUCAGCUGAAGAAGGUGAUUUCCCAGAAGGAGGAUGAUUUGCAAAGAACCGUUCAGAAAUAUGAGCAGGUUAUACAGAGUCGAGAGGAGGAGAUGGGAGACCGAGUGUGGCAGGUUCAGAAACAGCUGGAAGACCUGCAAGCACGCUGCCAGGAAACUUCAGAGAUGACCCCUGAUGACCUACAGGCUCAGCUCGCCGAGAAGACCACUCUGCUGAGCGAGGCUCGGCUGAAGGAGCAGGGCUUUGUUGAACGAAUUCACUCGCUGGAAGACAAGAUUAAAUUUCUCCAACGCAGCACUGUCGUAACACAUCUGGGAGGCUCAUACAAAGGUCCUGGGAUCAACACUCCUGAUUCUCUUUCAGAAUCCACUGAGAUGGAGUAUUUGAGGAAGGUGCUGUUUGAGUAUAUGAUGGGACGAGAAACUAAAACAAUGGCCAAAGUCAUUACAUCUAUGCUCAAGUUUCCUCCAGACCAAGCGCAAAAAGUUUUGGACAAAGAAGACUCUAAACCUGUUCCUUGGUUACGAUGAGUGUUUGAUGUGGAUACUUCUUGAUGAAGAUCUGCUGCUGCUGAAGGAGAAGACUGCCAUGAACAAUAUCAAGCUCUUCUCUGUGUCUUGUAUCGUUGUGUGUGUGUGUGUGUGUG